AUGCAGGCCAGGACGGGGGCCCCUCCUGCUUCUUAUGCUGCUGCUGCUGCCCCGCUCAACCAGGGCCUUCAGCCUCUCCCAAGCCAAGUCCGAGCACUCCAGCGGGGUCUGCAGCAGCUUCCAAUACAGCUGCCGAAGCUGCGCAGCAGCAACAGCAGCAGCAACAGCAGCAGCAGCAGCAACAGUAGCAACGAUAGCAGCAGGAAAAGCAGCAGUAAACGACAGCAGCAGCCGCAGCAACAGCUGCGGGACGACUAG